CUUGGGGAACGACAGAUCAGCUCGGCACUCCGAAGCGAACGCAUCUUACUUUUUCUUAUACGUUGUAUAAGGAUCAGAUAAAUAUAUAUAUAGACACGCAAGAAUUUUGUUAUUUUUCUAAAAGACUUUGUCGAAUCGAGUAUCGUCGAUAUCGUUUGGUGACGAUUGAGCAAUUGUUCGUUACGGAAAACAAUCAAUCAGUGAUCGACGAAGAGACGACAAAAAAACAAAACAAAACAGUGGAAAGUGUUGAGUGAUUAGACAUACUGAAAGAAAAAGAAGAACGACGAUCGAUAUCAUUUGAAAUGGCACCACACACGAGUUACACCGCAGUCGGUGGUAUGGAGUACGAAGAACCCGUCUCCAGGACCUACCAAUACCGAAAGGUGAUGAAACCGAUGCUGGAAAGAAAAAGGCGAGCGAGGAUCAACCGAUGCCUUGACGAACUCAAGGACCUCAUGGUCACCGCGCUUCAGGCGGAGGGAGAAAAUGUCGCGAAAUUGGAAAAGGCUGACAUCCUCGAACUCACCGUAAGACACCUGCACACCCUGAGGGCGGCCAGGAGGCUAACUUUGACUCCGGAAACCAGCUACGCCGACAGAUUCAGGGAUGGAUUCACUCAGUGCGCUCAGGAAGUGUCCACCUUCCUGUCGACACCGGUCGCGGCCUCAGUUCAUCCCGCUGCCGGAGCUCAACUCAUGCGACACCUCGGCGGUUGUCUUCGAAGACUCGAACAACCCCAGCAAAUCGCAUCCGGAACUUCAGCUUCGUCCGCUUCUUCUUCGACCGCUCUGACGGCUUCGGUUCAGGGCAAUCAAAACGUUGCAACGGUUCCGCAGAACGCCUACACGCCACCUCAGAGUCCCGUCAGCGUCAUCAGUUCUUCGGGAGAGUCUUCCGAAUCUUCGAACUCCACGAUGAAUUCGUCAUUACCGGUCUGGCGACCUUGGUAAAUAAUGGAGAUUGGAAUUGAACAUUGACGGGGGAGGUGGUGAUAUCGUGGAUUAUAAAUUAUCCUACUGAGAUUUGUCUUCACCGAAUGAGAACUCUCCGUACAUUGCAAGGGAGGUUCGAUCAGAAGACUAGAAAAGUUUUUGUGGGAAAGGUUUUCUUUUUCAUUGUUUUCAUUUUUUUUUUUUUUUUCUCUUUAAUAUUGUCAAGGGUUAGAGAAAGAGAAAUAAGAGAUAGAUAGUUAGGUUUAAUGAACAGAUCAACGACGAAUCUACGCGUCUUCCAAAUGUUAUUAUAUGAGAAUAGCCUCGACGGUCCGAUCGAAAUUCUGCUAUCGAUUACCGGAUAUAAUAAAGAUUGUUAUUUUUUACUCGAGGCAAUUAGAUAUCGAUAUAGUUUAUAGGUAAUCAAGCUUUAAUGAUUAUAUCUGUGAUAGGGUUUUUUGUACCUGAGAUUACUAUUUUCUCGUUAAGAUAAUUGUUUUAUUAUUAAUAACUAUAAUAUAAUAUGAUAAAGAAGAUAUUCACUUGUUUUGUUAAGUUUAAGAAUGAUUCAGAUUUGACAAAAAAAAAAAAAAAAAAAAAAAAAAAGAAACCGGAACAAUCAUUGUAAUAAUUGACAACGAUGGAAAAAAUCGAGAUAAAUCGUUUAGGGACACCUUUCUAUCGAAUACAAUAAAAUUCAUUUCAUACGAA